GCCACUUGGAACAAGCAAACAUAAAAGAUUUUAGAUUAGUCAGCUAACUUUAACUAAAAUCCAAAGUUCGUAUCAUCUUUUUUCUUCAUAAAAUCCCUACGGUCCAAUUAAUUAAUUUAAAAGAACCCCUUUGAUCGCUAAAAAACCUCCACUCGUUUUGAUUUUAAUUUCUUUUUAUAACAUCUUGACCUCCCUUAUUUUCAUUACACCAUUCUUGAUCUUUUCCGUAAUCCAUCACCUAAUAUUAAUCAUCUAGGGUUCCUCUAACCACCCAAGAAAAAAAGGAAGAAAAAAGUUUAUUCUAGGGUUUGUCGUCAGCUUCUAAAUUGUUCAUCUACAAUGGAGAAACCUGGUGGCUUCUGGAUCCCCAAGACAAGCAACAAAGAGUCAUCGUGGGAAGAGCUGGCCUUUGCGGAAGACGAUGCAGCCGGAUCUUUGUGGCCGCCUAGAUCUUACACGUGUAGCUUCUGCCGGAGAGAGUUUAAAUCGGCUCAAGCCCUCGGUGGCCACAUGAACGUUCACCGAAGAGACAGAGCACGGCUUAAGCAAGCCGACGACCAAUACUUAUUCCCCAAAUAUCCUUCGUCUCCGGAGUAUCCAUCUCAUAAAGAUAACGAUAAUAUUCAUGAGACCUCUAGCUAUACUUUGGUUUUUAACUCCAAACCUAAUUAUUUUAAGACUCAACACUCUUGUGUUAUUGAUCUUUCUUCUUCUUCUUCUUUACCAUAUUUGACUCCUUCUAGGGUUUCUUCUGGUUCACCUGGAAAGCAAAAAACUUCUUCUUCUUCCCCUCCUUAUUUCGUUGUAGAACCUUCCAAGAACUCUAAAAAGAUUCCCUCUUCUUCCCCAUGGUCGUUCCCGAGUACUUUUGUGGAGCAAAAGCGUUGUGAUCUAUAUGAAAUUCCGGCUACGGAAGGAGAAAAGAAGAGAAAGACUGAGAGUGAUGUGCCGAAAAUCGGGCAUAAAGCAAAAAUUAGUCUUGGAAACACCACUGAUCUCUCGGUGAGUAUGAAUCUGGUCAUCCACCAAAGUUUUCCGAUUACUGCUCACGGUAGCGAUGAAGAGAUCGGUAGGGGUGAUAUCCGUAAGAGAAGACGACGAAGACAUGAGAGUCCGUCGCAGCAGUCAGUUCUCAUUUCAAGUUUAUCUUGUAAGAGUGACAUAAUUACAAGAAACGAGGAGAGCAAACACAAGGGUGAUCGCCUUGAGGAUUUAGAUCUUGAGCUUAGGCUAGGGAUCGAUCCACCAAAGGGAAAUUGAUUGAUGGACCGAUGAAUCUCUCUACCAAAACAAAGGUAAGGGGAAAUAUAUAUAUAAAUAGAAAUAUUUCAUACGGUGAGCCAAAAAGAAAAAAACACAUUUCAUAUGGGUGUAUGUAUGUGUAUGUGUAUGUGUGUUACUUGGAUUUAUCUUUCCUUGGUUUUGUGUCUCUAAAAUGUACUGAUGUAUACAGAUUUUUGGGUUUUAUUCCUGUUGUUUUUUUGGGAUAAAUUGUAAGAAAAAAAAACACUUGAAAAUUUGAAAAAUCUAAAGGAAGUAUCGAGUAGUAUGUGUAUGUAAAAACUUGAGGCUUGAGAAGUUUUCGAUAUGAUUAACCUUGGAUAUGCAAAUGAGCAUAUGAACUCUGUAAUAUAUUAUAUAGUAGUAUUUGAAAUGAUGAUAAUUAAUAUGUACACAAAAAUACUGUGUAUGCAUGUAUUUUGAAGUAUUACAGUAUUAGGAUAUAUAAACAAGAGCAAAGUAAUAUCACUAAAUCCCAGCUUCACUAGCUACUAGCUAGGCGAUCGUUUAAAUGCGCUUUAAAAUCUCAGCUUUGAAUCUUACUACUGGAAUAAUGAUGACUAACUAAGAUGUUAUGGUGUCCAUAUAAAAAAUUACGGGUCUUAAGUCGGAAACCUCUUGGUUAAAAAAAAGAAAGAAAAGUAUUGACUACGUCUAUACUUCCUUGCGUGAUUUGAAGCAUGUUGUGUAAGGCCACAAUCCAAAAUAAAAUCACAUGAAGAAGGAAUAUUUUCUCACAAUUUCCGAGAAUGAGAGAGAGAGA